UCUGGCUCGGGCUCUCGCCCUCUCCCUCUUCUCGUACGGGGUUAAUUUUCCAAUCACACGAGGGGGAGGAGAUUUCUCGUAGACAAGUAAAGGGUGAUGGAUAAACGUGCGGGCACUAAGACCGCAAGGCAUUCGUUUCCUCCUACGGUUGAUGCAGAAGCUGAGAGAGGAGGAGAACCCCAGACACCGGAGAAGGAGAAUAGGAAGGGCAGGAAAAAGCAAUGCUAAAUCCAGGAUACAGCUGAGAGAGACAAGAGAGGCUGCACCGGGAGAAGGAGAAAUUGGGGGGUGGGUGGGGGAAGGACCGCAGAGAAUACUAGAAAGGGGAGAAAAGGCUUUUUGCAGAUAAUUUACAUAUUUUUAUAUAGAAUACGCAGGGACUCAGAGAACCAGUUCCAAUGAACAUGUCAGUGUUGACUUUGCAAGAAUAUGAAUUUGAAAAGCAAUUCAACGAGAAUGAAGCCAUCCAGUGGAUGCAAGAGAACUGGAAGAAAUCGUUCUUGUUUUCAGCGCUGUAUGCUGCCUUUAUAUUCGGUGGUCGGCACCUAAUGAACAAGCGAGCAAAGUUUGAGCUGAGGAAACCUCUUGUGUUGUGGUCCCUGAGCCUUGCAGUCUUCAGUAUAUUCGGUGCUCUUCGAACUGGUGCUUAUAUGGUGUACAUUUUGAUGACCAAAGGCCUGAAGCAAUCAGUUUGUGAUCAGAGUUUUUACAUUGGACCUGUCAGCAAAUUUUGGGCUUAUGCAUUUGUAUUAAGCAAAGCACCGGAACUUGGAGAUACAAUAUUCAUUAUUCUUAGAAAACAGAAACUCAUCUUUCUGCAUUGGUACCACCAUAUCACUGUGCUUCUCUACUCUUGGUACUCUUACAAGGACAUGGUGGCUGGAGGCGGCUGGUUCAUGACGAUGAACUACGGGGUGCACGCGGUGAUGUACUCUUACUACGCCCUGCGGGCGGCGGGCUUCCGGGUCUCCAGGAAGUUUGCUAUGUUCAUCACCCUCUCCCAGAUCACACAGAUGUUGAUGGGUCUCGUAGUCAAUUACCUGGUCUUCUACUGGAUGCAGCAAGACCAAUGCCACUCUCAUGUUCAGAAUAUCAUCUGGUCUUCUCUCAUGUACGUCAGCUACUUUGUACUCUUCUGUCAUUUUUUCUUUGAAGCCUACAUCGGCAAAAUGAGGAAAACAAGGAAGGCUGAAUAAUGUUGGAACUGAGAAGGAAGCCAUCGCUCAGGGUCAUCAAGAAAAAAAAAACAGACAAAAGAAAAUGGCACAAGGAAUCAUAUAUGGUGCAGCUAAAAAUAAUAAUAAUUUAAAACAAAACUUGGCAGCUUAGGGGUAACUAGGUUGAUCUAACCCAGUAAGUUUAUGAUCCUUUUAUGGUGAGGACUCACUGAGUUCAACUCCAUCUUAAAGGACUGCUGCUGAGAGACACUAUCCCUCCCGUACCUGUCGACUCUAGGGGAAAAAAAUGAAAGAAAGAAAAGGCAAAUGAAGGUUAUUAACAAAUUUUAUGAAAAAAAUAUUUAAUAAGUGUUAUAUUUCCCUAAGGACAGAAGACUUUUACUAAAAACAAAACAAAACAAAAAAAUCAACUUAUUUCUAUAUCCUUUCUAAUCUUUUUUCGACACUAAACUCGAGCCAACAAGAAAAAAGACAAAAUUGGUGGAGGUGCAGGGGUGUGCCGUAGAACCAAUGCUUUGGCAGACAUGAAAACGCUCCUUGGGAAUGGCUGGCAAUUUUAGGCCAAAUGGAAGAGGUAUCUAGACGGUUUAUUAAGGUUGUCCUGAGCCAUAACUUGACGAGGAAGGGGAAAGCUUUUCCUACUGCAAUCUAGAAAUUGUAGGCAGCCCUUUUGCUAGUGAGUAUACAAAAACCAGCUGGGGGAUGAUCCUUUGACCAGGUUUUUAAAAUGAAUAAAACAUGACUGCCCAGUUCCAAAUGAGAGAAUUUUCCAAGUGCAUUUCCAAUGGAAGUCCAGCGAUUUCUAUUACUGCAUAAAAGAGGUUAAUCUUUGUUCUCUUGUCUGAGACUUUUAAAAAGAAACUUGGGAGGGGAGGGAGAAUGGGAAACAAUUUUUUAAAAAAGAAGAUGAAGAAGAAGAAGGCAAAAACCACAACCAAAUAAUAUGAAAAUUGAUCCUUUACUGGCUAGAAAGUUUUCGGAGGGGCAUGAGAGAGGGAUUUUCAGGAAAAAGAAGACACAAGAUUUCAUAAAUGUGGGCAACAUGUAUAUUCCUCUAUAUAAUCACUCUCUCACGCACACACACACAGAGCUUUCAAUGUAAAAACCUGUGAUAUGGUACACAUUUUCUAUUUUUUUGUGACUUUCAAGAAUUAUAUGCAGUAUUGAGUUAACACUGUGUUUUUUGCACCUCGUACGCCCGCCACCCAAGCAGGGUUGAGGUGUUUAAAAGUGCCCUCCUCUCAGAGAGAAUACAAGGGAACACAUUUGGCCCUGAGGGUCAAAAAUCCAAGACCCCUAAAGAAUGAACCCCUCAAGUUUUGAAAUCCAUUUAAAAACCACAGGGAAGACAACACCGGCCCAUUGACCCCAUCCAAGUUAGCUUCAGAAGUCAAACAAGGUCCCUCACUCUGGAAUUCAGAGAAUCAGUUUUUAAGAGCCAUAUUCUCUAAAGGCAAAGUUAGAUUACGUUAUCUGUAAUAUUUCAGUCCUUUACAAGCCAAAUAAGUGUGUACAAGUUCUUAGUAUUUCAAAGAAGCAAUCAUGUAAAGUCAUUGUUUCUCGUGAUACUGUAGCACUCUAAAUUGUUAAGUAGUUUAAAAAUUAGAAGAAAAUAGAUAAACCGAUUAGGGGCUUCUAUCCUGCAUAGGAACUAUCCAUUUGACCACACACAUUAUGCACACUGUGUGGGCCGCACCGAACUGAACUGCAAAGCCCAACUGAGUAGACACACAUUUUUCUGGCUAUUAGAAAAAGAUGGUCAUUUAUCUUUCUUGCUUUAUUGGAGAGUGUACAGUACAAGGAAUUUUUCAAAUUAUUUUUGUAUUAUUUUAGCUUUAAUUGUGCUAUCAUUCAUGAAAUGGAGCUGCUCUGGUUUUCUGUCAAAGAUGACAAGGGCUUUGUGUGUGUGUGUGUGCGUGUGUGUGCGUGUGCGUGCAUGUGUGUGUGUGGGGGGAGGCAUUAAAAGGAAAAAAAAAGAAUAAAGUUACAUUCCAUUCGGUGUGAAUGGUUUUUACCAAUUAACAAGGAGUUCUUGUGAACAAAGUUAGAAGAAUAUGGGGCUAGGGAGUGUUACCUUUGUGUUAAAUUAUUCUGAGAUUUUUUGAUGUUUUGGUAUCAUCGGCACACGCGUGAGAGACAAGGGAUAGACAGAUGUGAUAUUUGUUUAGAAUGAAACUGCCAUGAGCUGAAAUGAUAGAAUUGCUAUGGGGAAAGUAGAUUUCUUUUUUUUUUUUUCAUAAAAUGUGUGAACAGUGUUAUCUUCAGCUUUGGGAGUUAUUAAACAAUGUGCAAUAAGCCUUCCCCCCACCCCCACCUGAAAGAAAAAGGCAACAAUAACUCUAAGGAUAAGCAAAUUAUUGAGAAGAAGGAAGUAGAGCAGAAAGGAUGUAAAAUGACGGCUGAGUUUGGUUUGAUUGAAGGACUGAUGAGCAGCUCACCUGGCUGCCAAACAUGUUUAAUUCUGUAUUUCAUCUAUCAGUAAUUCUUUGACUCCGGGUCCAAAUCAGUAAAUGAGCACGUUUCUAGACUGGUGUUUCCUAAAGCUUUUAUUAAGGUGUCGGGUAGUUUUCAUACUCAUCUGAAGUGAUUUUUGUUUCUUGUUCCAAUGCCCAACAAAUGACUUUAAAAUGAAUCAGGAGACCGAAAACAAUCCACCUGCUUUUGCUCAAAUUCCAGUAAAGUGGGUUCCUUCAUUUCAUUUGAAAAUUCAGAGUUUUACCAUGUUAACUGGGUUACACAAUCCAUAGGAAACUUCCCAAGCCUACCAGAGAAUUGGCUGCCAUCUUAAUUCUGCUUAGCUGACAUUCCUCAAAGCUUUGGGGAGGCAUGUUUUUGUUGACACCCCAUUCCGCUUCAAUAGAUCGCUUUCUAUUGAAGUCUUUUCCAUCACAUUCCAGUCGGAUAGUCCAGUAAGAAGAAGCAUCCCAAAGGGUAAGGCCCAAGUAAUAUCCCAAGAAAGCCCAAGUUCAAGUCAUUGAGAUCAUCUGAAGCCAACAAGGUCGUGGAAGAACUUUCCACUUUAAGAGCGGGAAUAAAGAGCUUCUCUCAAGAGAUGUUUUUACAUCCAAAGUCAAGACUUUCAAAAAGGUCACCCAGAAUUGAGCUCCCUAUUCAGAUCAUUCUGUCCACCCUAAAUGCCAUUUUUAUCCAUAUCUAGAUAUUUUCAGUGAAAAUUCACUGAGGGAGUCGGGAAUGGAAAAAAGAAUGGAAGAUCAGAAGUAUCUAGAUAAUUAAUUUCUCCACUUGGUUAGAUAGACUUUGACCAAGAGACAUACAUGAUUAGAAGGGAGUAACCUGGAAUAGAAUAUGAAAAAUGACUUUUCCUAGAAGCACAUUUUUAGGGAGUAAAUUGAGAAUUUUGUUAAAAAAUUUGAGUCUCUUGUGACAAGCUAAAAAUCCAUCACUCAAGGGGGGAAAGAAAAGGUACUGAAGGAAUCUUUCACAGUAUAAUAGAAACAGUCUCCAAGUUUGAUCCUUUAUCACAUGCUACUGAAUUAACAGGCUACUUAGCUCUUCUGCCUGAAGACCAGCAGUAUAUGUCAGAAAGUCGGUGACACACAGUACAUGUAAGCAUCCCUUCCCCAUCCUAUUAGCAAGUCUAAUACCGCAGAUUUGGUGGCUCACCUGUGAGGAUCCUGAAGGCUGUAGGGACAUGAGCCUUCUUCCUGUGGAACUGAUAUGCUCAACACCAUCUCAUUGAAAAGAUAUCAAACUUGAUGAGAUUUCUUGCUUCAGAAUGUCUUGAUGAGAACUUGGAACUUUUCAGUGAAUGAGGGGGAGAAAAGCCUUUUCAACUUCCUGUCAUUCUGGACCAAAAGUUACUGCUUUGAAUUAAUUUUUAAUUAAUUUUAUUUAAUGCUCUGAGCAUUGGCUGCUAUCUGCAGCCUUAACCUAGAGGCGAUCCAUCUGCUCUUUGGAAUUUAUGUUACUGUUAGAGGAAGCAAGACCAAUUAAGAACUGCUGGUCCUGGACCUCCCCACGUCCAAGUGAGCCUAAGCUAGAAUGAGGGCUGAGAAUGUGAACUAAAUUCUUUAUAUGUGCAGACAAUCAGCACUCGGUGAUGGCAGGUAUUUGGGUGACUGAGGCAGAAUCAGAGCAGGGAAAAUAAGUUCUUUCAGCCUAUGGCUUGAUUUACCACUUUUACCAGACUCCAGAUGAUCGAUGCACUUGGGGCAUGAGGUAGGGAAGGUGGCACGGUGAUGGGCAUCCAUGACAAGGCUGUUGAGGGACCGCAAGCCCAAGGUGGUGUCAGCAUGCUGAUUUCCUCUUAUUCAAAAGUCAAGGUUGAUGGAAAAUGUGGGUUUUUUUGUUUCUCAUUUCUCCCUGCAUCACAUUGAUUGAUGGAAUGGGUGUAUUUAGAAACUGGGGAGUAAUUGAUCCUCUCCACUUAAUGAAAGCUGAGCAGAAAAUACCAUGGAAACACAUCUGGAGCAUGUGUGUUUGGGGAGUAUCAAUAACAAAGCUGAUAGUUUGAUUGUCUCUACGGGGCCAAGGCUCACCUGUAGGAAGAUGGGUUUCCCUAUACUACAGUAAAUCCAAACCCUUGGUGUGAGGGACCACGUUGUAGUGGGCUUCUCCUGAAGUAUCAUUCAAAGAAGUGAGUGAAGCUGGCUAGGGCUGGGGAAGUGGGUCCUCAGUAGCAGGUUGAUACCUAUAAUGAAUUAUUUUCCCUAGUAGAUAAAAAGUGGGGGUAACCCUAACAAAAAGAUGAAGGGCCUGAGCAAGAGGCCCUACUCUUUCUUUGGCUCUCUGUGCUUCAUAGGGGCCAGCCUGUUACAGGGUUUCUUUGAAAACCACCGGAAGGUGCAGACUUUUUGGAAGUCUGUAAACUGCUCAGCUAGAAGGCCAUCCAUGUAAGCCUGAUAGGGCAAACCAGAGCAUUGUCAGGAUUGUUACCAUUUUCAAGUGCAUAUUUCACGACAUAAAAGAACUAUUUUUUUCUGGUGUAUUAAUAUUCAAAAUAAAAUCAUAACUUUUGAUUUAAAAUGAAAA